AUGAUUAAGUUAUUAAAUGAAGACGAUAAGUUGGGAAAACUUGUGACAAAAGAAGACUUGAAACGAAAGCUUUUGCCGGGCCAACGAACAACCAAUGCAAUUCCUACAUUUCAGCUAUCAGAAGAGCAAAAAAAUGAUUUGAAACAAGCAUUUGAGUUAUUUGAUAAACAUGGAAUAGGCACAAUAGAGCUCAGAGACCUAAAAGUGGCCAUCCGUGCACUCGGUUAUGAGCCAACAAAUGAAGAAAUGAUGAAAAUGACUGCCGAAGUAGAGAAAGAUGGUACGGGAAAGCUAGAUUUUCCGGAAUUUCAGGAACUUUUGAAGCGCAAGAUUAUGGAACCAGACAACCGUGAAGAUAUCCUUAAAUCUUUUCGUUUAUUUGAUGACGAUGAAACUGGUCGAAUUACAUUGGAGAACAUGCAAAGAGUUGCAGAAGAAUUAGGAGUAGAUGCUACGAACGACCAACUGCAAGAAAUGUUAGACGACGCCGAUACUCAAGGGAAUGGCUAUAUAACCGCUGAAGAAUUCAUUGCAGAAAUUAUGAAAACUAGUCUGUGCCCUGAAAUGAAAUCAGAGAAUUAA